CUCUUUGUUGUUGUGCAAAGUAUCAUGACACUUUUAUCUCGUCGUCUCGGAUCCUCUCCCUCUCUCCUUGCUUUCGUCCACUCGACCCGUCAUGUCCCCCUCCAUCGCGUCCCCCGAUCGCGGACACUUGCCACUGAAGCGGAAGAACCGUUCGAUCCCUUGUCUGUCGAACGCGCAUCGGACGAGGUAGAUGUAUGUAUAGUAGGUGGUGGCCCUGCAGGUCUGAGUGCUGCUAUACGACUCAAACAGCUCGAGCAGGAGAAGGGUAAUGAUCUGAGAGUGGUCGUUUUGGAGAAGGGGGGUGAGGUUGUGAUUGAUGUUGUAGGAGCUCAUAUCCUAUCCGGGGCAGUCAUAGAAACUCGGGCAUUGGACGAACUCUUGCCGGAUUGGAAGUCACUAGGUGCACCUCUGAACCAGCCUGCUACCUCUGACAGUAUGCGAUUCCUCACGUCCUCAUCUUCUUUCCCCAUGCCCCACCCUCCACAAAUGAAUAACAAAGGUAAUUACAUCGUUUCGCUCUCUCGCUAUACCGCUUGGUUGGGAGAACAAGCCGAAGCUGCUGGAGUCGAAGUCUACCCAGGAUUUGCAGGUUCUCGAGUACUUUACACCGAGGAUGGAACUGGUGUCAAAGGUGUUUGUACUGGAGAUGUCGGUUUGGACAAGAACGGACAACCUAAAGAUUCGUACGAGCCUGGGAUGGAGUUUCAUGCCAAAGUCACCUUGAUAGCUGAAGGAGCACACGGCAGUCUGUCAAAAGAAAUACAGAAACGAUUCAACUUACGAGAAGGGGUUGAUCCUCAGACGUAUGGAAUAGGUAUCAAAGAAGUUUGGAGAGUACGGGAUGAGGUAUAUGAACCCGGAAAGGUGGUACAUACCCUCGGGUGGCCGUUAGACUACAAGACUUAUGGUGGGAGCUGGCUCUACCACAUGGAAGACAAUAUGGUCAGUAUAGGUUUGGUGGUCGGACUGGAUUAUGAAAAUCCAUAUCUCUCGCCAUACAAGGAAUUUCAGCGAAUGAAACAUCAUCCUUUCUUUGCCAACAUCUUGAAAGACGGAGAAAGAUUGGCAUACGGCGCUAGAGCAUUGAACGAAGGUGGUCUCCAAUCAAUACCGAAACUUCACUUUCCCGGGGGAGCCCUGAUAGGUUGUUCAGCUGGUUUUCUGAAUGUCCCAAAAAUAAAGGGAACACACAACGCCAUGAAAUCAGGUAUACUAGCUGCAGAAACAGCUUACUCAGCGCUACAUCCUGAAAAAGAGAUAGACACGGACCAACCGCUCGAUAUGUCUCCAUAUGAAGAAGCGGUAAAGGCGUCGUACAUCUGGAAAGAGCUGAAGGAGGUUCGAAAUUUGAGACCAUCCUUUCAUAACCCAUUGGGCCUUUGGGGUGGUAUGGCAUAUUCAGGUGUGGACAGCUUGAUCUUGAGAGGUCGAGUUCCGUGGACUUUUCACAACAAGAUUGAAGAUUAUGCGGCGACAAAGAAGUCCAGUGAGGUUAAACCUAUUCAGUAUCCCCAACCAGACGGAAAGCUGUCAUUCGACAUCCUCACUUCAGUCAGUCUGACAGGAACGAAUCACGCAGAGAACCAACCCGUUCAUCUUCGAUUACCGGACGAACAAGAUGCCCGCGCAAGACAUACAGAGACGAAUGUGAAAGAUUAUGCCGGAUUGCUGGGGAAUGUCUGCCCGGCUGCCGUGUACGAAUACGCCGACGCGGAGGCCGGUGAAGCGGACGCGGAGGGAAAGAAGUUUGUCAUUAACUCCCAGAAUUGCAUACAUUGCAAGACAUGCUCGAUCAAAACGCCCACUCAAGAUAUAACCUGGACCGUCCCCGAAGGCGGCGGUGGUCCCAAGUACGCUAUGACAUAAUGCCCUCCUCCUCUCGCCGCAUUUGAUACCUUCCAGCUUAGCCCCUUUCUCAUGCUGUCCUCCGUAGGCAGCCCGAUUAUCCGGAAUUGCUAUCCCAAUACAACGACCCUUUGUCCUCUACCCUGAUCUUCCAUUCAUGCAUUCGCAUCGCAUGGUUU